AGAGAGGACAAAGCGACUCUUUUUCUUCUCUUAUGACAGUUAUUUACGUAAUGCUUUUCCAUCUGAUGAACUAAGACCCUUGACAUGUGAUGGUCAGGAUACCUGGGGAAGUUUUUCUCUUUCCCUUAUUGAUUCGCUUGAUACUUUGGUUUUAAUGGGGAAUCACAGUGAGUUUCGGCGUGCUGUCUCUCUCGUUCUUGCUCAUGUUGAUACAAGCAAAAAUAUCAACGUAUCUGUUUUCGAGACAAAUAUUCGUGUUAUUGGUGGACUUAUUUCAGCUCAUUUACUAUCUAAGAUAGCAAGUGCGGAUUUAGAGCCAGGUUGGCCAUGUUCUGGCCCUCUUUUACGAUUGGCAGAACGAUUUGCCGAAAAACUCCUUCCAGCUUUUGAUACAGCGACUGGAAUGCCAUUUGGAACAAUUAACCUUCUAUUAGGCGGAGUUCCACCCCAAGAAACUUCGGUAACUUGCGUCGCUGGUGUUGGAACAUUUAUCUUGGAAUUUGGAGCUCUUUCAAGAUUAACAGGCACGCUUUGUCGUCAGAUUUUUUAA